AUGCAAGUACCAUCCGCUGCUGUGGCGAUUAGCACCGAUGUUGCAGGGGUAGAAGAGGCCACUACCUUGCUUGCGAAGAAGGCAUGCGCACCUCUGAGGCAUAGAAUCCGCAAGUUCGACUUGGAGAGCGAUUUACAAGAUCUGACAGAUAUCUGUGCUAACGUUUACGGUGGCACGGACUACAUGCCCCGCAUCAUUCACCGCAUCGCCAAGGACCCGGGCGUCCUCGUCUUGGCAGCAGAAUCCCUUCUCUCAGGAGAUGCUGAGCAGCAGCCGGAUGAGGUCGAGGAGCCCGGGCAGCAGCAGGAGCAGCAACAGCAGGUGCAGCGGCAGGAGCAGGCAGAGGGGACGGAUUCGCAAACCGGUUCAUCGAAGCCCUUUAGCAUCAAUGGCAUCAGUUCAAUGGUGGCAAUGCUUUGCCGCUCCGAUGGUAUGGUUUCCCUUUCCAUUCCCCUUGUAUCCUUAUGGCAGUUUGUGGUGAGCGGCGAGGCGACGCCGUAUGGCUAUACGGGUUGCGGGCCCUCAGCCCCACCAUCCCUCCAUGUCGUGCCAGCACAGCUAUUGCAACCGCAGCUACCGACAUCAGGCGCCCAUGCAGAUCCCCCAGCCUCCUCGGCAUCGACGCCAGUGGCCGCAGCAACUCCACGUUCUGCCACCGCGGCCGCCGGCCCCAUCCGCCAGAUCGUCACCUGCACGGUGACGUACAAUACUGCUGCUCAACGAAUCAUUGGCCGCCAGCUGUCGGGCCCGUUGUACGAGGUGGAGAUCUGGCCGGGUCCGCCGCUGCUGGAGGAGUAUGAGGCCGCGGGGGCCUGGGUGAGAGGUGUGGGCUUGAAGCCGGGGACGCCAAGCAUGAUUGAUUGGCUGCCAAACGUCCGAGAAGUCCUGGGAGCCGACGUGGCAGCCCAGGCGUUGCUGCCGCACUGGCGUCGAGUGACCAGUGACUGCGAGCUGCGCGCUGCUGUCGCGCAGCUGCUGUACGGCAGAAGCGGAAGCGGGACAAGCGCCCUCGCCGCGGACGGAUGCGCCGGCAUCAGCGCAGCGAGGGGCGCAGACGGCCUCUGCGACGGUGGCCAGGACGGGGCUUCCGAUGCCGGACCUGUCACGAUGGCAACUUCUUCAUCCGGGCGUCCACCGAUCCCCGGGUCGCUUACGGAGCAACCGGACACGGACUUCCUUUGGCUUCCCAUGCCGUACGACCUUUGGCCCCUGGAGGGCGCAUUUAUACAGCGGGAGCUAGCGGAAGGGAAUAUCUGGCUGCUGGCAGAACCCGCUACUGAAGGCUCCCACUCUCUUCGGGGUCAGGUGGUUCCGAUGGCUAGCGCUGGGACGGAGGACAGCAACGCGAAGGACGGCGCAAUUGUUGGCGUAAUGGUACUGACCCACUUUGAGACUUUGAGCCGCGUCUGCGCUGGAAUCCUGGCCCGCAACAACGCCGUUGUCCACGCGGCCAUCGCGCAUGCCGGGCGUCUGCAGCCACACUUCAUGGCCAGCGUGCUGCGGGUUCCAGCGGGAUGCAAGCGGUCCAAACCUGCGCUAAACUUGGGCCUUCCGAAUACGGACGUCACGGAGGGUACUGUCGGCACUGGCACCAUGGAACUGGUGCCGCCAUCACCAGUGCCAUCACCAUUGUCACCACCAGCUGCCAGGCCGCCAGCCUCCGGGCGCGGCGCCGUGGCCAGGAGGAACAACGGAGAUGGCCGUCAGUCUGCGGCAGCAGCAGCGGCAGCAGCAAUAGCCGCAACCGCGCCACUACGAACGCCAGAAUGUAAGGUAGGGAGAUCAUGUCAGGGAGAUGCUGACAAGGUUAAGCAACGUCCGAGGGACCCUGUGCUGCGUAGCAAGAUCAUGGUUCUUGACGUGGCAGCGGCAGCUGGUCAGCUAGCCAAAGGGACUGGGGCAAGCGGUCUGGAUGAUGCGGCGGCGGCCAGUGGUCCUCGUACCCGGCGGUCCGUAGCCCGCACUAAUCAGCAACCGGUUUUGGACAAGGACCGACUCCCUGCCACGAGCAAAGCAAGAGGGUUAGGUCGUGGUGUGUCAGCAAGGCCAGCACAGCAAGCUGCGGCCACUCCCGGUACCUGUGCAAAGAGGGAUGAUGGUGCAUUGGACUCAGGGACACGGACAGCGCCACAAGGCGACAUUCCAUCGGGCGCAAAAUCCAGGCCGACAAGGUUUGCUGCCGCCGCAGCUGCGGCAGGUAUCACCGCAGCUGCGACAGCAGGCACCACCCCUGCCGGUCUUACGCAAGCACCGCUGCAGCAUCAGCAACAGCCAGCUGCGGGACCGAUGCAGGCUCUGCCGGUAGUAAGGGAGUCGCAGGACGCGCAAGACGACGAUGAAGCCAGCCGGCCCAAGAAGCGCCCACGAAAGGGCCCCGUGCAGGAAACUACGCAUGAAGCCGAAGCCGGCAAGCAGGCGGUAAUACAGGGAGGAAAGGAUGCUGGGAGCGAUGCGGCUGGGCCCGUCCCGAUCCCACUGCCUGUUCAAGUCCAAGGCCCGUCACCUUCGUCGACUCCGCGGCGUCGGUUAGACCCUGUGCUGCGCUUCCCAGUGAAACUGAUGCACUUUGGGCCACUGCGGCCUAGAGCGUCGCAGGUGGAUGCUGCGGCAGCAGCUGCGGCGGCACGUGAUGCUGCUGUGAUAGACCGGGGAGCUGAGCCGGAAGGGAAUAAGGGCGACGGGGCGAUCUGCGGGUUGAAGAGUUUGGACGUAGCUCCGCGUGAAGGCGAGAAUUUAAGUUGUCCACGUGUAGGGGCCAGGGAUAGCCGGUCCCUGUGCCGGGCCAAUGGCGACCGGCCCACAUGUCGCAACGCGGCAGGUGACGUUGCAAGUGCGCCAGCGGAGGAUGGGCUCAACCUCACGGCCAUGGUAUCCCCCGUCUCAACUGCCGUAGUUGCCACAGCAGCUAUGGUUGCGCCGGUCACGGAGGGAGCAGUGGUUGUGGUUGCAGGCAUCGUGGAGCCGGCAGGUGAUGUCCGGCAAAAGGAGCAAGGGCAACACGGCGGUGGGACCAUCGGGAGGGAUGGCAGGGCGCGACGGCAGAUCCUAGGCAGCCGAGGCGUUGAGCGUUACGUUCCCGCGGCAGUCUAUCUCCGCUGUGGCCCAUUCCUUGGAAAAAGCCCAAGACCGCUGAGUGGUCUUAGGCCGACAGCCUGGCAGGCCACUCUUGGCAUGCUCUGCUCAACCGUCCACCAACCCGUGUGA